CUAAAAUGGUUGCGUGAUAUUAUUGUUUAUGUUUUGUGUUUGAAUUUUUCUAUUCUUACUAAUUUUCCUAUCAUAGCAGGAUCUUGAUCUUAUAUUUAUUUACAAAAUUUUUCACCAUCUCUUUCUCGUGAAGAAACAAUCGAGACAUGAAAGAAAGCACAAGCAGUAUUGUUUGAGCAGGUAGAAUUCCCCCACCCAGUUUUAACCCCAACUCCCGAAUCCCGACGUUUUUCAACUUGCAAGCCUUUCGCGGCUUUUCGCUACUUCUCGCACUUCGCAGUACGACUUCGUCUUUGACUGUUCGGUUUACAGUUCUCUAUUGAUUCUGUGAGUUGACUCAACUUAAAUCUUCAGAAACAACGAAAUUUUAUUUGUGUUGUUGGUGCCGGUGUCCCUGUUUGUGAAGAUGGAAUUCGAUAGUCCUGAGGAGAGGAAAAACUUCCCUGGUCUGUAUUCAUCCGAAAACCGGAAAGCUACUGAUGAUUAUAAUAAUGAUUCAGAGAAGUCUAUCAAAAAAGAAAUGAUCGCAAAACGCAAAGAUAGAAAGGACAAGGACAAGGGCUAUGCUGCUCUUGAAGGGGAAAGCUCGGGAGAUGAAAGCAGUCCCUGCAAAGCAAAGAAAUCGAAGGCGUUCAAAUUCAGCAAAUCAAAAGCUAAAGACAAGGGUGAUGCUAGCGGCUCCAAAUACAAGAUAAGAAAAAAGGCCACGCCUCAGAAAACCAUCAAGAAAUGUAAAACCCACCGCAAUUUGACCAGAGAAUUACCAAUUUUUGGCUGUACACUAAAAGAUGCAUGCCAAAGGGGAAAGUGCCAUGAUGGUAUUCCCAUUCCUCUUCCUGUAAGAGAAUGUAUUGAUUUGGUUGAGGAACAUGGGAAAAUGUUGGAGAACGUUUACAAAACCAGCGGUCACAAACAAAAAAGCCAGUUGAUUAAGAAAAUUUAUGACAGCAGGCAGCCUGCGAACCUCCACGAAUAUGACGUGCCUACUGUAACUAGUGUCUUGAAACUAUUUUUCAGGGAACUUCCCGAUCCGAUACUUACUAAUGAUUUAUCUGCUAAGUUUGAAGAAGCAGCGGCAAUGCUUCAUUGUCGUAGUAAAGUAAUGCGUUUUCAGAAGUUAGUGGUGUCUCUUCCCCCUGAAAAUUCGACUGUGCUUGGAUAUGUUAUUGUUCAUCUUUGCAAUAUUGUUGAAAUGGAGGAAAAAAAUAAAAUGUCGGUGCAAAACUUAGCACAAGCCUUGCAUCAGAGUUUACGUAUGUCAACGAAGGUCUUGUGUGCCUUAAUUAACUUCAAAAGUUACCUCUUCAAGAAGGUAGAAAUCGUCAAGUAUUACCCGCCUUUGGUAUCUGGGAUGACGUAUCCAGAAGAUCCUGAAAGAAUUGCUCAGGAACUUUUAAAAUUGGAGUCUGCUCUGGACCUUAUACAUUGGGAAAUGCAAAACAAUUAUUCUUCGAAUAAUAGACAGGAUCAGUUAUGGGAUUUACAGCGAACCCAGACAGAGUUAAAGCGGAUGCAAAGAAAAAUUGCUAAACAAACAAACGCAGAAGAAGAGGCUCAAGCUCAGCAAAUGAACGAGACUCAAGAAACAGAACCUCAGACCAGCAUGGGGGCAGAGGUUGAACUUCUUCUGACUGGUUCAGAAAAACUAGUGCAAGCAUUCAAAGAAUCCUAUCGCCCAACCGAUGUAAGGCGUUUAUUUUCAGAUGUGUGUAGUAAUGAAGAUCUUGUAAUGGAAGAAGAUUCGGAAACUGAAGAUGAGCCAGAUAGAGAAACAGCAGGUUCGCGACAAGAAGAACCCGAUGAACGCGAAGCCAGCGAGAAUGAGAGGGGAGUAGCAGGUUCGUGUCAAGAAGAACCCGAAAAACAUGAAGCCAGCGCAAAUGAGAGUGGAGAUGCGGAUGAACAAGAACUAGAUGAUAAAGAAAGUGAUAACCUGGCUGAUGACGAAUUACAGAGCCAUUUGGAUAAAUCCAAAUCAAGUAGUAGUGUUAACCCAUCUGGAAUCGAAGGCGCACAAUCUUGUAGCCAAGCUGCAGGAUCGCCAAUAACAAUAUCUGAUUCUACCGAACAGUCCUACUUGACUUUAAGUAGUGCGAGCAGGGAUGUGCAUAUUAGGGCUCAUGUGAAGCAAAUUCAACUUGUCCAGGAAGUUUUAAAAACUGGCAAAGCUUUAUUGCAUGACAAAGUGGAUAGUCUCAAUCUAGCACAAAUCCGGAAAGUGGCGAAUGAUACAUCGGAAUUUUUUGAAGCCUACACUGGUAUUGAAAUGCUACUGGAGCAAGUUAAAAACCAGCUAUUGGUAGAAUUCAAAAAUAAAUUAAUGGCCACUAUUCAUGAAGCCAAUUUGGAAAAUUCGGAGAUAGAAAGCAAAUGUCAAAAUCAUUGCUGGUAUGUUUACGCCAAAGCAAAAAAAUCUGCAGAUCACUUUGAGAAAGUGCUAGACUUGCUUCAAAAAGAAAAUCAUAUGCUUCUAGUGAAUAAGAUUGAAUUAAUCAGAAAAAUAUUGGAGGAGCGGGAAGAUAUUUUGAAAAUGGAAGCUACUUUUGAAGUUCUUACUUCUUGGCAAAAAAGAGAAUGAAUGUUUUCUGCAGUAAUUCAUCUGAACGAUAUAAAUUCAAGAUACACGCCCCACAAAAAUUAUCCUAUCACCCAUAUUAUUUAUUUAAAAAAAAAGGCCCAAGUUUUUACAGUUUAUCAUAGAUAUUAAACAAUCAUUAGGAUUUUUUUCAACCUGUUUCGUUUAAUAAACAAAUUCCUAAAUUUGUUUUCCUGUUUAUUUAUUACCCAGAUCAUGUUUAUUGAAAAUAUAAACAAAAUACAAUUAAAAAAAAUUUAAAUAGUCACAAUAUGGGAAAAUGAUACUGAUGUGAUAACUGUUGUGGGGGUUUAUAUUAUUUUAUAAUGUCAGAAUAUGGCUUUCUAAAUUGCCUAGUCAACGAUGUUUACAUCUUUCUGAAGUUUUUUUACAUUCAUAUUGUGAAAGCGGGGUUUGUGCCAUUAUUUUUAUUAUUUUUAACAAAUUUUAUUAUUUCAAGGGGACGAAAUACCCUGCGGCAAUUAUUAAAUUAUACACUCUAUUUGUUUAAAACUUCAUAGGUUACAUGAAUAUACCAUUAUGAACGUUUUGAAGCAAGUAUUCAUUUUUUUAACAGCCGCAACAACCCAUUUUGGCGAUCUAAUCGACACAGCAUGAGGUUGAAGACAGAGUGAUAUGUACUUCAAAGAUUUACCGUUAAAACAUUAACUUUUUCUAAACCAAAUAACAUCACUCGAUGUGAAACAAAAUCUAUUUUUUAAGUAUAAGACUACUGUUCCAAAUAUUAUAUUAUUUUAAGGAAUACCUUUACCUGUAUAUAGGGUGUCUCGAAAGGUUUAUUUAUGGAGUUCAGUGACGUUCGUGGUUCGCCAAAAAUAGUUUUUAAAUUUUAUCUCGAAAACAAAGCAGCAUAUGGAAAAAAAUGAAGAGACAAAAAAGCUGUAUCUUUAAGUGUUUUAAGCAAAAAACAUAUCCCGAUUAUGUACAAAAAACCAUCCGAUAUAACCUGUGGCUCGCCCUUGAAAUUAUUGGUCAACUCUGAGCAGUCCAAAAAAUACCCCAUAAAGGUGUCGACAAACUAUGAAAAUUUCAAUAAAUUUGUCCAACGCAUUUCUAAGAAUUAAUAUAAAAAUUGUCUUUUUUUUUACAAAGUCUAACACCCUGUAUCUGGAAAGCGAAGCAUUUCCGGACACAUGUUUAUUUCAAAAAAAAAACUUGAUUCUUACGAGAUCUACCAUCCCUAGAAGUUUGUAACAAACCUUUCGUGACACCCUGUAUAUUACCCUAUUUGCGUUAACUUCUCAUGAAGUUUUUAUCACCUUAUUAUUUAAAUGUUCAAGGUUUAGGUUCGUAAGAUUUGUAUUGCUUUGUUAGGUAUUCAUUGUUUCAAAGAAUAUCUCCAUAAGUACCUACAUAAUAUUAUCCUAUUUCUGCUUUAUUUUAAUUUUAUCGAAGAUUAACGCCUUUAGAGAAAUAAAUGCUACAUUAUUUCAAGGAAUUUCUCCCUAGGUACAUUUGUCAAAGAUACAGAGAGACCAGCGAUUUUACCAUCUGUGUAGAAAACCAACUGAGAACGCAUUCUUUCUUCAUUCUUCAUGUCUCUAGGUAGGUUUGACAAGUUUGUAUUAUCCUAUAUUUGUUAAAUUUUAAUAUCUUUUUUUUGCGUUUUGUUCAUUUGCUUUGGUUAGUUUUUAUAGUUUUAUUAUUUUUUAAACUUUAAUUUUAAGUUAAGAGUUUUGUAUUAGUUGUUCAAGAUGAUCCCGUAGCAUCUUAAACGAAACAUAUUGAUUAUAAACUGAAAAUAUUACCCAAUUGGUUCCAGUUUCUCUGAUACUGAUGCUUACAUUUAUGUGUUUUUUUUACAGUUUAUAAUACAGUACAGUUCAUCUGUUGUGAUUUGUCAUCAUCCAAAAAAAAAAAUGUCCAAAUUAAAAAUAAAUCACAUUUUUG